UACAGCCCAGAUGGGAGGUAUCUUGCAACAGCAGAGGACUACAAGCUCGUAGUGAGAGAUGUAGACACCCUGCAGGUCGUGCAGUUAUAUUCCUGCCUGGACAGAAUAAAGCAUCUGGAAUGGUGCUGCCGGUCAGAGUACGUUCUCUGUGGGCUCACUCAGCGUCCCAUAGUGCAGGUGUGGAGCGUGAAGGAUCCGGAGUGGACAUGCAAGAUUGAUGAGGGGCCUGCGGGGGUGAAUGCGCCGCGCUGGAGCCCUGACGGUCAGAACAUAAUCCUGGUGGCCGACUUCCAGAUUCGCAUGACCAUCUGGUCGCUUGUCAACCGCACCUGCUUGCACAUCAAUGGCCCCAAGUUCUCUGACAGGGGCUUUGCAUUCAGCCCAGAUGGGUCCUUGAUGGCGCUGCUGGAGAGGCACGACUGCAAGGACUUCAUGAGCCUGUUUGCAGCCAAGGGCUGGCAACCGCUGGCGCACGUGGCGCUGCCGACGCAGGACGCGGCGGGGCUGGCAUUCUCCCCGGACGGCACCUGCUUUGCGGUGUGGGACAGCGCGCUGGAGUUCCAGGUGCUCGUGUACGGCCUGGAUGGCAGCUGCCUCGCCAGCCACCGCGCGCACACCGACGGCCUCGGCAUCAAAUCCGUCGCCUGGUCCACCACCGGCCAGCUCCUGGCUGUCGGCAGCUACGAGCAGGAGGUGCGGUUGCUGGACAAUGAGACGUGGGAGCCGUGCGCGCAGCUGGCGCACUGCGAAGUGGUGCCCGACAGCGAGCAGCUGGUGGUGUACGAGGAGGCAGUGCAGGGGAAGAGGGUGUCAAUUAUGGCGAGCGCGAGAUCGCAGCAAGCAGACGCAGCCCCUGCUGUGGAGGCCCCCCGGCCGGACACCAAAUCCCACUACAUUGUGCAGACGCUGCAUGCGCGCCUGCGCAGUGUCAAGCCGCCGAUCGAUAAGCCCAACCCCAAAAUUGGCAUCGGCCGCAUGGAGUGGAGCGCGGACGGCAAGUAUCUGGCAACGCGCAACGACAACAUGGCGGGCGCGGUGUGGGUGUGGGACGCAAGCCGCCUGGACCUGGUCGCAGUUCUGCAGCAGGCCUGCGCAGUGCGAGAUUUGGCAUGGAACCCACACAGCAGCCAGCUUGCCAUCGUGAGCGCCACCUCGCGCAUCUUCCUCUGGUCCCCGGCUGGAGCAUCAUGCAUGCACAUCCCGCACCGCACCUUUGCAGCGCUGGAUGUCCGGUGGAACAAGGACGGCACCUCCCUGCUCGUUGCUGACAGGGACAGGUUCUGCUGCGCGUAUGCCAGCACCUGA